CAACAACGACAACGACGUUAAACUGAGAGCGACAAUAAAGCGCAAUGAAUAAAUAAUUCCAUGCAUGAAUUGUGUACUAAGCAUGUGUAUUUGCAAGCGGCGCUCCAGAAGAAAGCAAUCGAGAGAGAGAAGGAACAUAUUUUAGUAAGAGUACAAAACAUAAAUAAGCAUUUUAUAUGACAACAUGAGCAAUUAUUUAAAGUAAAAUUGAACAUGAAACGAGCUCGGUGUUUGCUUGUGCAUAUGCUCCGGGUAAAUAUCAUGUUCACGUUUGAAAGGUACGCAUUUUUCACCUUAACGGAUACACAUUUUCUAGCGUGUGUAUGUGUAAUGAAAUGUGCGCUCUGUUCCACAAAUAGUAACAGCCCUCUGUAUUUUCUUCGUUUCAACCCUAAAUUCACAUAACGAUUCCCGCACGAUCCAACCUCGAACAUGCUCUACUUUGAAAUUGGUCUCACUCACUCAUUCCAUAAUUUUUGUAACGAAUUUCGCUGUUUUAUUGCCGUCUCUUGAGCUAGAGCCCAGUUUGUCGUGUGUUGGACACAUAGAUUUAUGGUUUUUUCCAACUGUAACUUGAUUAAAAUGUCAUUAAUCUAGUCUAUCAAUCGUUUUGGAGAUAUCUGACAAUCAUUUCGGCACCUCUAUUAUCACCGCCAACACACAGCAGUCAUUAGCCAACUGACGCAAACGUCCGCCAAAUGGUGUGUGUGUGUGUGUGUGUGUGUGUGUGGCAAGUCGCGUUGUUUUUUCUCUACUCCUUUGUAACUUCAAUUACACAAACUCACACACACAAUUCUAUUCCGCGUCACUGGAAUUUCUGUCGGUUUUUUAACGUAUUUUUUUCUGUUUGCUUCUUGUGUCCCCAUUCCUCUACAGGACACUUUCUAAGUUGUCUAAUUUAAUGGCAUUUUUUCGUUCGUUGCUUUUUUUCAGUUGUGUGUUUUGCUUCCAAUUCGAUUGUAAAACGGCAGCUAACCGUUUGUCACAUUCAGCGUGUACAAUGUACAUACUUUUCGACGCUUGGUUACGUUUUUUGCUCGGCUCAUUUUUACACAACACUUGAGCCAAUACGCUGGAGAAUAAAAGUGACUCAACGAAAUGUCGGAAUCCAAUAGAAACGACCGAAAGAGAGAAAUGCACAGCAGAAACGAACAACGAAUGAACAAAAUACUUUUGCUCUUUGAGCAGUAGUGAAAUAAACGAGUUCCGGCCGGCGUUUUCGUUCAUUUCAAGAGACAACCAAACAGUAACACAAGCAUAUACUCACAUCUUCUUAAUGAAUAUUGAUGCGAGCACCGAGAGAUAGAGAGAAAUACAUAUACACACAUAGAGGUAGAGAGAGAAAAACCAUAAAAGAAUAAAAAGAGCCAGAUGAAUUUUAAUUUUGUUAAAUGCUUUUAAACUCAUUUUUCUCUCUCACUCACUCUCGCUCAUUUUCUCUCUUUCUCUCUCUCUUUCUCUCUCUCUCUCUCUCUCUCUCUCUCUCUCUCUCUCUCACACACACACACAAUAUGCUGAAAAAAAGGCGGAAAAUGUUGUGCAGCAUCUUUUCGUGUCAGUAAUCAGCCUAACUCGAUCAUUUCUCGUUGUGUGAGAGAUGGCUAGCAUCCAACAACCGCUUUUCUCUAUUUUUUUCUCGGUUGCCUACCAUCUACUCUCCAUCGUUGACUACUAGAUGCACGAGGUGAAAAUUUGUAUGUAAUAUGAAUGGCAUUUGCAAUCGCUCAAUGUGACACUUUGGUGUAUUGAUCAAUCUGUGCAAGCAUUGAAUCACUUUGGAGCAAAAUUGCCAAUAUCCGUUUAUAAAAAUAAUUUUCUCUCACUCGAGCAUUUUUCGGGCCUCUCGGUCUCCGGCACAGGCACGGGCAUGGUGAGCGCGCAUAUGGUUUUACAACACAUUGACAACGUCGUUGGUUUGUCGUUCCGAGUAAAUAAAAAUCAAUUUCAUCCCAGCGACGACAACGACAACAGCAGCAGCAGUAAUGGCUGUAACAUCGCCAUCGUCGACAAUCGACAGCAGACCGUGUUGUAGCUAAAAACCAAUUUACACACAGCGCUCUCUCGCAAACACAAUUCAUAUAUCCCUCCGUGUUUCGGAUUUACUCGUGUGUAUUUAUCUUAAUUAUCUUUUAUUGUCGAUGCCUUUUAAAAACGACUUGUAUGCUGUUGAAUUGAAGUAUGGCUGCUUUGUUUUUUCCUCGUUGAGCGUGUGUGUAUAAAUAUCGGUAUGGACAUUCGGUCGUUCGUUCCGCAAUAAAAUUUGUGUUAUCACAAAAUGCUGCGUUGCAUUUUACCAACGCCAAUAACUUCUCAUCAAAUGGAUUCGGUUACAAUGGGAAAAACGCUUGGCCAUUAUUACUUCAUCCCUAAAAUUUUGGUUAAGCGUAAGAAAAUUGAUUCCUUUUUUUCCGCCGUAUCUGUCAUUCAUCGUUUGCGCUCUAUUACCAACCAGUUUCGAUGGGGCCCGUUUUUGUCCUCCGUAUAACUUAAAAAAUCCGGAUAAAUUCAAAUUUAAAUCUUCCUUCUAAAAAAAAGUGCUGCGAAACAAUUUCCAUAGUAAAUGCAUGGGGAUAGAGCAAAAGAGUGGCACCGAGAAAAAAAGGAUGUUAAAAGUGCAGUCGAAAACACUUGAGCUACGACAAAUAUUUCAUAGCGGCUUGUAAGAAGCGAAAAAAAACAACACACUCACAAAACUCUUAUAUGCACACAAAUCGAGUAUAGUGUGAAUGAAUGGAUCCGGGUUUUUUUCUACUGCUCCUGCUGUUCUCGUUAUUUUUUGAGUUGUCGCUUUUUUUUAUUGCUCUCUCAACAUUCUUUUUCGGUGUGUACUCUCAGUUGGUUGUUACACACUCUUUCUCUCUCUCUCUCUCUCUCUCUCUCUCUCUCUCUCUCUCUCUCUUUCUGUCGCUACGAAAACCAUUGCAUUAGCAAUUCCCUUUGGUCUAAGGGACGUUUGUUGCGCUACGUAAAUCGACUGUUUGCUUACGAUACAUGAUUCCGUUUUCCUUCUUAUUGUUAUUUUGACUGUUUCUUGUUGAAACGAUCAUACACACUCACUCACACACACGCUCGCCGUUUUUCACAUCGUGCACGCUAGGCGAUGCGUUUGCUGGUUGGAUAUGAUUGUAUUGUUAUGUUUUCGGGCUUAUUUAUUCCUUUUUUUCCUCAAUGGUUCCGAUUGCAAUACAUGACUCGAAAGUGCAACGCGUUUCAUAUUCCAAUGUGCAUGUGUGUGUAAGAGCGAGUGUGAGCCUCUUGUUGUUGUUGGUUGAUGUUGUUGUUACGUUUCGUUCUUUCUUAUUUUGACGAAGAGAUCGUUUUCCAUUUCGCCCUUCUCUACCAUUCGCAUUUUGACGAAAGCCGACGACGUUUGGGAUGAUACGAUGCGCUCAUAUAUGUACACGCAUUCGAUGGCAUGCAACCGAAUGAGAGAAGCAAAACUGUUUUUUUUUCUUUUUCAACUAUUCGCACUAUAAGAAACUGACGACGGCACAUUCUUUCUAUGUACUUGUACAUACAAAAUCAAAUGAGCACACAACCCAAUGAGUCCGAGCAAUAAACACAUAAACCAAUGGAAACUUGUGUGCUACGCAAAAGAAUAUCGAAAUUUAUAUAUGCGACAACUCGACUCAAUUCUUCGGCAAUGCGCCCAUGUAUGAGUGUUACAUGCGUACAAAUAAAAUGCAACACAUAUUUCUUGUUCGGCUAAUUCAAGCGAGAAUUAUUUGACGAAAGCAAUAGAGACGAAAAAAAAUGCUGCUUUUUCAGCAUUUCCCAAAAACAAAAACCGAAAAGCAAAGAAAAAAAACUGAGUAGGAAAAAUACUUCGACUCUUCUUUGCACAUUUGCGUUCUCAUUUCGCUGCAAAUGAUUCGUAAUAGUCAUUUUUUUUAGGCAAUGUAUCCUUCAAUCUUAUUCGCCUGAACGUUGUUUCCAAGUGUUUGAGAAAUAUUGUCGUCAUUCACUUUUUUGCUCUUGUCUCUUGGGAUCAGAACGACACAUUCUUGUGUAUGGAAAUCGGUUUGAGCAAGAGAUGCGACCACAUCAGAGAUUGCUCAUCAUAUGUGAUCACUUAUUUAAACGCUGCCAAAAAACACUUGGCAUCUAAUUAAAAAUUCCUCGAAAAAUUGAUGAUUUUCCACACAAUCCAUGAAUAUUACAACGCUCGAAAGAAUGCCAGAAAUUGACGUUGGCUGCUGCUGCUGCUGCUGCUUGAAUCGAAUGUUGGUAUCGUGAUUUGGGCUAGAAGAACAUUUGCACACAUUAACGCCGAAAAUUCAUUAGGAUAAACUGAAUAAUUGACGAACAAAACGAGAGAAAAGAGAGAAAUAGUGAUGAUGGUGAGGGACCGAAAGUCGAUGCUUUACGUAAAUCUCUCAUCAAAAAAGGGAAAGUCUAGAGGUGAUGCAUGUAUGAUAUCUAGAAUUUCGGCGUUGAUUAUGGGCGAAAAACCAUUUUCAAGACACACCGAAAAAUUAAAACGAGUCUCAUUAUUAUUAUCCGCAGCUCGUCCGAAGAGAGUGAAGGAGAAAGAGAUAGAGAGAGAGAGAGAGAGAGCGAGAGAGAGAGAGAGAGAGUAAAAGGCAUUGCACAUUCUAACAAGCGCAUCAUAGAAUGUCUGUGUUCAACCAUUCAAAUACAAAAUUCAUGAACGCACACAUCGCUUAAGCGAUUAUAUCGCCCGUUCGUUUUGUUCGUGUGACUGCGCGUAUGUGUGGUGUGCUGUGCGUUUGUCUAUGUCUGUGUUUAUGCCUGAUGUGCAUGCAUGUGCUGCUGUUUGUUGUAUGAGUGACAGUGUGUGAAUUCAUUGCUUCGCAUGAUGUUGCUUCCAAAAUUGUGACUACUAUUUUGGUGUAUACGAGAGCUGCGGUACAACGAGUGCGGUUCAUUUCUUAUUUUUCGCUCGCAAAUCAUUUACACUCAACCAAUACCGAACAAAAAAAAAGUUUUCUUUUAACACACUUUUUUAUGUCAUUUGUUUCUAAAACGGCAAUAUUUUGAGAUUUUUAUAUUGUUUUUUUUUGCUUUGCCUCCGUUUGUGUCGGUGACUUAUAUCGUCCAAUCAUAUCAAAUUUAAUAUUCGAAAUGGCGUGAGUGCGUGUCCUGAUAAAAAUCCUGUACUUUUAUCAUCAUCAAAAUAAGACGAAAACAAAAGUGUGUGCGCGUUUUGUCAUAAAUAUGUAAAAAAAAGAAGGACAGCAGCACCGUGUGAAAUACGAUACAGAAAAAUCGCUAUUGUGACGUUCCAAAGCGUUUAUGAUCUUUUUAAUAAUGAGACUGAAGCAACGACCAGGCACGGAAUUUAAACACAAACGAAAACGAACAUUAACCGUCGCAUCAACACGUUCAAAAUUUCUUCCCGUUUGCUGAAGUUUUUUCUUCUUCUUCAUUUGGCUCUUCUGGUCUGGUGUUAGUUGUUGUUAGUUUUUUUUUUGUUCGUUGUUUUUCUUCUUACUCUGUUCAUUUUUAUUGUGUUGUCUUUUGACGAAGCCUAUCGCUAGUUGUUUUGUGUGUUUGAAAGAAAAAUGCGAACGCGGACCGUCCGAAUAACCACCGAUCGAAGCCAAGAAAUCGCGUUGUAACAGACCUGAAUAAAGUGAAUUUCGUACGUUUUAUGCCGUGCCCACCACCGAAAGAAAGAAAGAAUGAAAAAAAACCAACCAUACACACAUCAUGAUAAAUUUAAACUCCUGCGUUCGUGGGUCAGUAAUAGCAGCGGAUAUAUUUUGUUGAGUGAGUGUGUGCGAAAGCAUUCUGAUUUUUGUAGUUGUGUGGUAGUUUUGGAAUACUCUCAUUUCAAAGAAGAUAAUAAAAGGAAAUGUAUAUAUACUUUGGAGCCGGUUACUUUGCGACGCGAUGUAAAUUUGUGUGAAUGUGCAAUGUUCGAUAAAUGUCUGAUCGGUGCGUUGCGCUUCUUCUCGUUUCCUCGCCACGCAAAUGCGAUAUCAUUUCGAAUGUCGUUCGCUUCGUGCACAGUUUCAAAUACGAAAACAAUGCCCGUUCAGCGCUGUGCAUAUUGUGUCGCCUCAAACAUCACUUUCGUUGGAAUCACACAAACCGUUGCCGAGAUUUUGUGACACAAACACUUUGUUUUUUGACUAUGCAUUUUUUUUAUUUAAAUUAAACUGUGAAUUUGACCUGAUUAAUUAUUGUUUGUUUCCUAAACUAAACACAACAAAGUCAACAGCGCGACGCCAACAAGUUUACAUGUGAUAAAUAAAAUUAAAAUAAAUGUUAAGUCAAUCACCUCGCGCGCUCCUUGUGCACGUGUAAUUAGCUCUCUAUUUUAAUUGCUGCAAAGGAAGCCCGCCCGACUUGGUAAACACAAGAACGUGAAACGAAAAUACAUGAGCAGCAGCAGCAGUAGCAGCACAUAGAUUGACAUUGAAGCUCAACGGAAAAUUUGAUAACACGCAACCACGUAAUUAAAUUGUCUGGCGAGGCGCUUCGAGGAAAUACAAGUUGGGAAAAAAAUUCGCGUAUUUCAUACCAUAGCCGAAAAUCAAAUCAUCUCUCCCAGAAGAUCACUCUCUCGUUUCAAAUAUAUACAGACACACACACAGAGAAUAUAAAUACAACCAGUUGUACAGAUUGUAUCAGCGUGGUAUCUCUAAAUUUGAUUGCAGCCAGAAAUCGAUUAUCGUUCGCUCGCUUUCAAAUUAUCAAAUACCGCAAGCGGUAUAACAACAUUUUUAAAUCGCUCGGCAAAAUUGUUGUUGAUGGCAUUUUUGACAAAUGUGUGAUGCAAACAGCACGAGUGAUGAGUUUGAGAGUAGCGUGAUAACAGUAAAAUCGAACAUUGAAUUGUAGCCAUCGCUGGAGUGACAGGGAGAACGGUAGAGAGAGAGAGAAAGAGAGGGGCGGAAAUAGAGAAGAGAUUGAGGAGAAGGAGUGAGUGGAAACCGUUUAACGCAAAAACUACGCAGACACAGUGAGAGAAAAUCGAAUUGAAAAAUGUCCUAUUCGUCGGUAGUAAAGAAAAAUAUGGCCGCUUAUGGUGGUAAAUCGAGCAAUUCAACCUAUAUCGUACAAAAGGCGAGUGGCAGUACAUACGGACCGGCCACAAGUGCAAUUAAUGGAAAUGCGUCGAAACAUAGUAGUUUACAAUACAAUAAUAAAUACAGUAUGAAAGUCAAUUCACAUCUGCUGGACCAUGGCUACGGUGCAAUGCCACAACCGUCAUACGACACAGCAACAGCGACGACGACGGCGGCAGCGGCAACGAGUACACGGCUUAGUUCAGAUGAUAGCAGCCAUUUCAAAAGUUAUACCAAUUCCAUCGAUGCUGGCAUUACAAAGUACUACAAGGCAACAAAACGUCGCUCGAAUAUGGCAGCGCCGCCGAUGAACAUGGCACCAACUCCAGCUAAACAAGCCAGACAUACACCCACCAAGGCUUCUAGUUCGUCGUCGUCGGCGGCGGCUGUUGCGGUAACGACGCCAGCUAAGAAACGCUAUUCGGAAGGCACACGGUAUGACACAUCGUUGGGGUUGCUUACAAAGAAAUUUGUCGAUUUGCUGCAAGAGUCACCCGAUGGCAGUGUCGAUUUGAACAUUGCAUCGGCCAAACUGAAUGUUCAAAAACGGCGAAUCUACGAUAUAACCAAUGUGUUAGAGGGCAUCGGUAUUCUGGAGAAAAAAUCGAAAAACAACAUUCAAUGGAAAUGUGGCAAAAAUGCCGAUGGAAAUAGUUCAUUUGGAUUUGCUAAUGAGGCGGCCAACAAGCAACUUGAAUUGGAGCUGCUCGAACAAAAGGAAAACCAUUUGGAUGAAUUGAUCAAAACAAUUCGAGAGGAGAUUAAUUCGCAAUUCCAAAAUACGUCGCACGCUUAUGUAACGAAUAGCGAUUUGAAAAAUAUCGACAUAUUCAAGGAUCAAACGGUGAUCGUUAUCAAAGCACCGCCAGAAGCCAAACUAAUGUUGCCCGAAAACAAACCAAGAGAAAUUCACUUGAAGGCUGAUAAAGGAGAAAUCGAUGUAUUCCUCUGUCCGGACGAUGCAUACCAGCCACCGUGCGAUCCAUUGCUUGACGAUAUCCGACCAUAUGUAGCGCCAAUUGUAGAAAAAUAUCUGAGCCCAAGAAAUCAAGGAAAUGGUAAACCAUCAACAUAUCCACUGAGAUCUGCGCAACGUAAUUUGAAUAAAAUUUUGCUUGGCAAUGAGGAUGAUUUGGGUAGUGAAUGUGAUUCGCGACGAACAAGUACCGUGGUCUCGUCACAAGGUAGCACGCAAUCGGCAAAAACCAUUUUCGAAUUAGACGCUCUGAUAAACAAUGUGUUUAGUGAGGCUGAUUCGUACAUCCAGAGCAGCAGUAACGUGAUGCAAUCGUCAAAUGGAGAAGCAAUUGCCAAAGAUAUGAACAACUCCACCAUGCGAUCGAUCACGCAAAAUAGUCAAAAUUCCAGCAGUGCUCUUAAGAAUGAUGUGAAGCUGAGCGAGUACAGUGAAUUUGUUCCGUGCUAUGGCCAAAUUCAGCAGCCAAUCCAAUCGAUCGAUAUGCAUUCAGCGUCAAAAUCACAGCCAACACAUAGCCAAUCAAGUACAAAUGGCAACGGUCAUUUGUCGAAAAUCUUCGGCGACGAUGACACUUCGAUGCUUUUGAACAAUAAUAACCAUAAAUCCGUACAAAAUUCGGAUCAGCACACACAGGUACAACUGCCGUCAACACCGCAACCAAACCGAUUACAGAAUUCUCUCAUCUCGGACAUGGUUAACUUUAGCCCAAUGAAUGGAAUCAUGUCGCAAGACAACGCUUCCGAUUUUCUGAGUGCAGAUGCCUUUUCUCGAUUCCUUGCAAUCGAACCGCCAUUGGACAACGACUAUAACUUUACGCUUACGAACUCAGAAGGAUUAUGCGAUUUAUUCGAUUUUGAUAAUUGUAUGUAGUCACGUAGGAAUGUGUUUAGCAAUGUAUGUGUUUUUCUUUCGUUCAACUUUGGCGCAUCCAAAUCGUCUUCAGCUGCUGGUCUCAGGUGUUUGGGCACAGGUUUGGAAAACAAACAGCAUCCCACAAUCGACACGGCGCAUGGAAGCUUCGGAUUUUAUUUUCCGCACAACAACAACAAGGAAACGUUAUCAUCUCAAUUAGUUGUUGCUUUUUAGGCGUCCACUUGAUCGAAAUUGUAUUUGCUGGCAGUUCAACAACUGAAAACAAAAUAAGAGCGAAAAUAACAAAUACUGGGGCGAAAAAACAAUACAAAUCAACUUUUUUUAGGUUCUUAGGCUAUACAAAAAAAAACUUCAUGUGUGUCUAAAUAAUACAGCAACAACAACAAGAAGGAAAAGAAAACAAUGAAAUUAAUUCUAAUUAUUAUUAAUGCAAAAAAUGAAGCAUAAGCGACCGUCAAAAUGAUGAAUCGGCAAAACAAAAAGUUCAAACAAGAAAAAAAAAUGAAGAGCUUUUUUGUAUAAUUUAGAAAUGGUGUAAAAAAAAAUGAAGAAGAAGAAGUAAGGUUCAGAUCUUUUUUAACGCGAAACAAACACUCAUCCGCACACAACAUAAAAUUAUGACUAAGGCAUGCGGCAAGCAAUAAAAAGCCGGCCAUAGAGAACAAGGGCAUUUCGAUUAUCGAAAUAAGAAAUGAGAAUGUGAGUUCAAUUUAGAAAAAAGGAAAAUCCAAAAAAAAUGAUGAAAUUAUCAAUUUUAGCCAAAACAUUUACGAUCCAACCCAAAAAACAAAUUUAUCGGAUCAAUUUUACGGAAUGAAAACAAUAAUAAAAAGAAGAAUAAAUGAAA